AUGCUUUAUCUAGCUUUACUUCUUGGUUUAUAUCAUUUGACCCUCUGUUAUGAUAUGGGUUCAAUACCGAGACAAACGGAAUGUUACUCAUGUAUGUCGUUAUCAUAUCAAACAAGUUGGAAAUAUCUCCAAACAACUUAUGUAUUUCCUAAGGUUUUCACUGAUCGAUGCAAAGAUCCGGCAAAUGAACGAGGAAUGCCGACUGUCUCUUGUAGCUCCGUUUGUAUAUCCAUGUUAGAACCAGAUAUAGAAGCAGGUGUUUUCAUUGGCUAUAAGCACAUAAGAGGUUGUUUGGAUCGUGUGUUACGAAACGGAUUCAAUCAGACAGCUCUUCGAACACAUCGUUUCCAUCAAAACAAUCAAUGUCGCACACUAUCUCGUGGCCAUUUAUUUAAUCCGGCAAAACCAUCCGAUCCACCUGCCAUUGGUGAAGUUCAGCUUUGCAGUUGCUACGGAGAUCGUUGUAACUCAUCCACACUCCCAUCCUCAGUAGCUUUUUCAUUUGUAUUUUUAAUAUACUUCUUUCUCUCAUAA